AUGAAAGCCCUCCGAACCCUUCCCGCGGCACCAGCCCGCCGCGCCCUGCCCGCCAUCUGCGCCGCCUGCUCCUCGAUCACGCCCUCCCUACCGGCGAGCCGCCCGUUCUCCGUCCUCAACCGCCCGCCACCAAACUACCCCGGCCAUGUUCCCCUUACAAAGAUCGAGCGUACCGGUCUCGCCAUCGGCGCAGGCAUCUGGUCGCUCCUGAGCCCUUACCGCGCCGACCUCAUCGCCGCCGUCGGCGAGACGACCGCGACGCCGUACUUUAUCUACCGCCUGCGCGACGCCAUGCUCGCGGACCCGACGGGCCGCCGUAUCCUCCGCGAUCGGCCGCACAUAACUUCUACCUCCCUCAACCUCGACCGCCUGCGCAAGAUGCCGGAGAACAGCGUCGGAAGGGCCUACGUCGGCUGGCUUGACGCCGAGGGCGUGAGCCCGGACACGCGGCCCGCGGUACGAUACAUCGACGACCCGGAGUGCGCGUACGUCAUGCAGCGGUACCGCGAGUGUCACGACUUCUUCCAUGCGCUGACGGGCCUGCCGAUUGUGCGAGAGGGCGAAGUGGCGCUUAAGGCGUUCGAGUUCGCCAACACGCUAAUCCCAAUGACGGGCUUGGCCGUGUUGAGCUACGCGACGAUGAAGAAGGGGGAGAGGAAGAGGUUCCGCGAGAUCUAUGGCCCCUGGGCGCUCAAGAACGGAAUGAAGUCGAAGGAAGUGAUUAAUGUCUACUGGGAGGAGCAGCUGGAGAGGGACGUGGACGAGUUGAGGACGGAGCUGGGGAUCGAGAGGCCGCCUAACAUGCGCGCUAUCCGGAAGAGGGAGAGAGAGGAAAGGAUGAGGGCGCAGGAUGCUAUGAAGGGGAUGUAA